AUGUUCAACUCCGUCAGCCUGGGCAGCUUCUGCCCCUCGCAGGCGCGCAAGGAGCGCGGAGCUGCCGGCGGCGACUUCGGCGAGCGCGGGGCCGGCCUGUGCGUGCCCGGCUGCGGCUGCUACGUGCCCGAGCUGCCCGCCGUGCCCCCGUUCGGCGCCGGCCGCGCGCUGCCCUACGCGUACCCCGGCCUGCCGCAGGUGCCCCGCGAGGUGCCCUACGCGCUGGAGCCCGCGGGCAAGUGGCCGCCGCGCGGGAGUUACGCGGCGUGCUACCCCGCGGAGGAGCUGGUGCCCCGCGAGUGCCUGCCGCCCGCCGAGGUGCUGAUGAAGAGCGAGGGCUACCACCACCACCACCAUCAUCAUCAUCACCAGCCGCAGCCGCAGCAGCCGCAGCAGCAGCAGCAGGCGGCGGCCGCGGGGUUUUACGCGGGCGCGGGCCGGGGCGCGGCGCUGCCGCAGGGCUUCGAGCGCUUCUGCGAGAGCUCCGCGCUGGGCGCGCCCGACUGCGCGGGCGGCGCGAAGGGCGCGCAGGGCACCGCGCAGGACGAGGAGGAAGAGGAGGAGGAGGAGGAGGAGAGCGCCAACCCCGGCGCGGCCGCGGCCGCCGGGGCCAAGGAGGGCUCCAAGAGCGGCGGCCAGAGCGCCCCCCGGACGCGCAAGAAGCGCUGCCCGUACUCCAAGUUCCAGAUCCGGGAGCUGGAGCGCGAAUUCUUCUUCAACGUCUACAUCAGCAAGGAGAAGCGGCUGCAGCUGUCGCGGCUGCUGAACCUCAGCGACCGCCAGGUGAAGAUCUGGUUCCAGAACCGCCGCAUGAAGGAGAAGAAGCUGAGCCGGGACCGCCUGCAGUACUUCUCGGGGAACCCCUUGUUGUGA